AUGGGAUGCUAUACAAUAUGAUGACUGUUCAGUUAGUUGUGGUGGUGGUGUACAACAAGCCGUUAUUGAAUGCAUCCAGAUUUUGGCGACUGGUAGUGGUAAUACUAUACGUGUACCCGAAGAUUUCUGUACUGAACCAAAACCCAAUAUUACAAAGAUGUGUAAUCACAUUGACUGUCCGCCGAACUGGGAAGUUACUGAGUGGUCAGAAUCAUGGCUGAAAAUUAAAGGAGCACUUUACAUGUAUGUCAUUCUCAAGAUUGUUAAAAUUGAUAACAGGGACUAUGUCAUGUAUAAGUUGACGAAAGAAGUCAGCAUGCCGGAGUGGGUGUAUACGAACUAUUCACGUGGAUAUGUCAUAGAAAUUAUUCCUGACGGGUCCAAACAAUGUACCAGCCUUCUGCUUAUUCCAGCGGAGAACCUAUGGCCCGAGUGGGUACGGGGUACUCUCUACUUUAUAGCGAUGUUAUAUGUGUUUGUCGGCAUUGCAAUCAUCAGCGAUAUAUUUAUGUGCAGUAUUGAGGUGAUUACGAGUAAAAAACGAACAGUAGUGCGAUGGGAUGAAGAGAAGAAACAGAGAGUUGAAUUUGAAGUCCUUGUGUGGAAUGAAACAGUAGCAAAUUUGACGCUGAUGGCACUGGGGAGUAGUGCUCCUGAGAUUCUUCUCUCAGUGGUUGAAGCGUUACAGCGUCUUGAUUCAGACGAAGUAGAGGAUGCGCUGGGCACAUUCACCAUCAUCGGGAGUGCAGCUUUUAAUUUACUAGUAAUAACUUCUAUUUGUAUUGUCAGUGUACCGUCACCCAAUGCCAAACGAAUUCGAGAGUUUGGAGUUUUUCUUUUAACUGCUGUGUGGUCAAUGUGGGCCUAUAUUUGGAUGUUAGUGGUACUUCUAUGGAUUUCUCCGGGAGUUAUAGAAAUCUGGGAGGCAUGGGUGACUCUGGGCUAUAUGCCUGUGCUUGUUUUCACAGCAUACGCCCAAGACAAUGGAUGGUGGUGUAAAUGUAAAAGACAGCGUACGGCUGUCGGGGCUGAUGACCAUCAAGGAAGCCAAACGAAUGUUCGUAUUGUUAAUGGAGCUUCUCGUCCACGCACAAGUGUAUUCCAUGGUCCAUCAAAAGAACUAGCUACACUAGAAAAAGAGUUUGCGAGUCAGUCAAAUCUGAAAUCAAUACAGGAAGGCAAGACAAAUGAUAUAUAUCUCCGAGAUCUAGAGGCUGGAAAUCAACCUGGCAGACCCAAAGUACUUACACCAGUGGAAGAAAGACAAUCAUUUGCCAGAGCAAGAAACAGAUUCCGACAUGCUGCAGUCAGAUCCAUGUUGGGUGGCAAGAAGAAGGUCGUCACGCUGCCACCGCUUUCACAGAAGACAGGACCCCUUAGGAUGGCUGCGGUGGUCGAUAAAGUUCGUAGCAUGCAAAGCAAUCACGCUGAAGAACCGCCUCCUAGUGAGGAUUUAUGCGGGAAAUUCACAUUUGCAUCUCCAAGUUAUUCCGUACUGGAAAGUGCAGGCACGUUGGACAUUGACGUACUCUUUCACAGAAAAAAACCGUCAAAAUCAAAGCUGCGAGUUUCUGAUGUGCAAAAUGGAAACUUGGAAGUGCAUGAUGAGCUUUUCGAAGAUACGAUUACGAGCAUUGUCACCAUAGACUUUGAGACACGGGAUGGAUCUGCAAAGAGGGACACUGAAUACAAGUACACACAAGGAAAACUGAUCUUCAAAGAGACAGAGUGGAAAAAGACUCUUAGUGUUCCAAUUGUAAACGACAAUCAGUAUGAGAGUGAUAUGGAUUUUUAUGUUAUACUUAAAAAUCCUGGUGGUGAUGCUGGUCUUGGAGAUCCCAGUGUUACCAGGGUAACCAUUAUUGAUGAUGAUGAACCAGGAGAAUUUUCAUUUGAAGACCCAAGCUGUCAUGCUAACCUCACAGACAGUACGAUUACAGUCAACGUUUUACGAAGUAAGGGCAGUGAUGGUACAGUGACGAUACAGUACACAACCAUUGAUGGAUCUGCCAAGGGUGGGGAUACCUUAGAAGGAUACCACUACAAAUCAACGUCAGGAACGCUGUGUUUCAAACAUGCAGAAAUGAGUAAACAGAUUGUAGUAGAAGUUAAUAAAAACAACAAGUCCUUGAAAAAUUUUGUCAUAACUCUACGCAAUCCUAGUCUUGGUGCUAAGAUUGGUGAAAACAGUGCAUGUGUAGCGAACAUUGGAGGAGAUGAUGUGCAAGACAGAAUUGCUACCGUGCUAGGGAGUGAGCAAGAAGAGGAUGAGUCGUGGGGAGAACAGUUCAAAAAUGCAAUGACUGUUGGUGGCGAUAAGGACGAAGAUGGCAACGAAAUUCCGCCUUCCAGAGCAGACUACAUUUUACACCUUAUUACAUUUUUCUGGAAAUUGGUUUUUGCAUUUAUACCUCCAAGGAAGAUUUGGAGUGGGUGGCCAACGUUCUGUAUAUCAAUCCUCAUGAUAGCAGCUCUCACAGUCUUGAUGGAACAGCUGGGACACCUGUUCGGUUGUGUUGCUGGAUUAAAGAUCAGUAUCACCGGCAUCACAGUGGUCGCACUGGGUACGAGUGUGCCAGACACCUUUGCCAGCAGAACGGCCGCCGUGCAAGACCAAUAUGCUGAUGCCUCUAUUGGCAACAUAACAGGAAGCAACAGUGUGAAUGUGUUUUUAGGGCUUGGACUCCCAUGGGUCAUUAGUGUUAUGUAUCGUUAUUUCCACAAUAAGACUCUUCAGAUUGCUACAGAAAACCUCGACCUAGCAGUUACUGUAUUUACAUCCGUUGGUGGUGCCUGCCUCAUUAUUCUAAUUGUGCGCCGAAAAUUGGUUGGCGGUGAGCUGGGAGGUCCGAAACUCAGCAAGUGGCUCUCUGGUAUUUUGUUGGUUAUGCUUUGGAUAGUGUACAUUAUCAUCUGUACUUUACGUGCAUAUGGCUACAUAUAA